AUGCAGAUUCCAGGGCAAGAGGGAUUUAUCCGGAGGGCCGAGUUGGGGGAGCGGCUGUCCCGGCCUUUGUGCACGCCCCUUUUCAAACUAGCGGGACAAGAAAGACACAGAGGAAAGCAACAGCAUCCCACCAGUCCCUACAGCUCCUCCAUCUGCCCAGCUUCAGAGCGGAGCUGGACGGACCAGCCGGGACCCAGCAGCAGAAUGUGGAGAGCACUGCUGAUAAAACUCUUGCUCCUCUUAAUUUGCUGUGUUAUUCGGUGCCAUUCUGAAGGAUGUGAAUUGGGGCAGUUCCGCUGUGGGACAGGCCGAUGUAUCCCAGGGGACUGGCACUGUGAUGGGACAGCAGACUGUGUGGAUGACUCUGAUGAACAGGACUGCCCUCAAGUAACAUGUGAUGAGAGCCAUUUCCAGUGUUUGAGUGAUGGUGAGUGUAUCCCAGAUGUGUGGGUGUGCGACGAUGAGGAGGACUGUGAGGAUGGCUCAGAUGAGAGGCAACACUGCCCUGGGAGGACAUGCACCAGCAGCCAGUUCAGCUGCAAUAACGGGGCCUGCAUCCCGGGAGAAUACCGAUGUGACCGGCUGGCCGACUGCUCAGAUGCGUCUGACGAGAGAGAUUGCCAUUACCCUGAGUGUCCACAGCUGAGGUGUGCUAAUGGAGCCUGCUUCAACCGGACCCAGCGAUGUGACCAGAUACUGGACUGCCGCGAUGGCUCUGAUGAGGCAAAUUGCACACAGCACUGCAGCACAGGCCGGUUCCAGUGUCGCAAUGGGGAGUGCGUUCCUCAGCGCUAUGUCUGUGACCAUGAUGAUGACUGUGGAGACAGAAGUGAUGAGCAGAAUUGCACGUAUCCUACUUGUAGAGGGAACUACUUUACUUGCCCCAGUGGCCGUUGUAUCCACCAAGUCUGGCUUUGUGAUGGAGAGGACGACUGUGAAGACAAUGCUGAUGAAAAAGGCUGUGAUAAUGUGCCACGCGAGUGUUACCCUGGAGAAUGGCCCUGUCCAUCCUCUGGCUUGUGUAUCCCCAUGGAUCAGCUGUGUGAUGGAACGGCUCACUGUCCCGGGGGCGAAGAUGAAACCAACACCACUGCUGGGCGCAACUGCAGUAUCUGGAGAUGCGCCUCUCUAAGCUGUGAACAUCGUUGUCAUGCUUCCCCUGAGGGAGGAACCUGCUCCUGUCCUUCUGGAUACAUCGUCAACAACAACAAUAGUCGCUCCUGUAUUGACUUUGAUGACUGCUCAAUGUGGGGCGUGUGUGACCAGCUGUGUGAAGACAGGAUAGGCACCCAUCGCUGCAGCUGUCGAGAGGGCUAUGUCUUGGAGCAGCACAGAUACUGCAGAGCUAAUGCCUCAUCUGCAGUCCCUUCCUUGGUUUUCUCCAAUGGCAGAGACCUGCUGAUGGGUGACAUCCAUGGUAACAACCUGCACACUUUGGUCCAUUCACAGAACAGAGGGGUUGCGGUGGGAGUAGACUUCCACUACAACCUCCAUAGGAUCUUUUGGACUGAUACCAUUCAGAAUAAGGUGUUUUCUUUGGAUAUGGACGGCUCCAACAUGCAGGUGGUUUUAAAUGUAUCAGUUGACUACCCUGAGAAUCUGGCUGUGGACUGGGUGAAUAAUAAACUGUACGUGGUGGAGGCCAGCGUCAACCGUAUUGACAUGGUGGACUUUGAUGGAAAUAACCGAGUCACACUCAUCACUGAAAACCUGGGAAACCCAAGAGGACUGGCAGUGGACCCCACUGUCGGGUUUAUGUUCUUCUCAGACUGGGAGGCUUUAAAUGGACAACCAGGUCUGGAGCGAGCCUACAUGGAUGGCACAAACCGCUAUGGCAUUGUUUGGAACAAACUGGGCUGGCCGGCUGGUAUCACACUGGACAUCGAGGCUAAACGCGUCUACUGGGUUGACAGUCGUUAUGACUACAUUGAGACUGUAACAUAUGAUGGCUUGCAUAGAAAAACAGUUGUCCACGGAGGCUCAGUGGUCCCGCAUCCAUUUGGCAUCUCCCUGUUUGAACACAAUGUCUUUUUCACUGACUGGACCAAGAUGGCUGUGAUGAAAGCCAACAAGUUCACUGACAGCAAUCCUCAAGUGGUUUACACUUCGUCUCAGACUCCACAUGGAGUAGCCGUGAUACAUCAGUUAAAACAGCCGUAUGUUUCAAACCCUUGCGGUGUGGACAGGGGUGGAUGUGAGCAGAUCUGUGUUCUGAGUCACAGGAGUGACAAUGGAGGACUUGGUUAUCGAUGCAAAUGUCGCAUGGGCUAUGACCUGCAUGCUGAUGGCAAGAGAUGUGUUGCUGUGAGGCAGUUCCUGCUGUUUUCUAGCCAACUGGCUGUCAGAGGGAUCCCCUUCAACCUCUCCUCUCAGGAAGACAUCAUCCUGCCUGUCACUGGAACACCCUCCUAUUUUGUCGGGGUGGAUUUUAGCGCUGAGGAUGAUGCUAUCUUCUUUUCAGACACAGCCAAAGACAUGAUCUACAAGCAGAAAGUGGAUGGGACUGGCAGGGAGGUACUGGCAGCCAACAGGGUGGACGGAGUGGAGGACCUGGCUUACGACUGGAUUUCAAAGAACCUUUACUGGACUGACCCACGCUACAGGAGCAUAUCAGUCAUGAAGCUAGCUGACAAGUCCAGGAGAGCGAUCGUACGCAACCUCAACAACCCCAGAUCUAUUGUGGUGCAUCCUGUUAUUGGGUAUAUUUUUUGGACCGACUGGUACCGUCCAGCAAAGAUUAUGAGGGCUUGGUGUGAUGGGUCACAUGCCCUGUCUAUUGUAAACACUACUCUUGGCUGGCCAAACGGUCUAGCUAUUGACUGGAGCGCUAUGCGUCUAUAUUGGGUGGAUGCCUUCUUUGAUAAAAUCGAGCACAGCAGUUUUGAUGGACAGAACAGGCUCUCUCUGGACCGCAUCACUCAGAUCUCUCAUCCAUUUGGUCUCACAAUUUUUGAAGGCUAUGCGUAUUUCACAGACUGGCGCCUGGGUGGCAUUGUGCGUGUGCGCAAGACUGAUGGCGGGGAGAUGGUCAUCAUCAAGAGAGGAAUCAGCCACAUCAUGCACGUCAAGUCUUUCAACUCCAACUCCCAGACUGGUUCCAACCUUUGCAACAGGCAAGCAAAUCCUAAUGGAGACUGCAGCCACUUCUGCUUCCCUGUCCCAGACUCUCAGAGGGUGUGUGGCUGCCCAUAUGGCAUGAAGUUGUCGCCCAACCAGCAGACCUGUGUGGACGACCCUUCCAAUGAGCCACCCACACUGCAGUGUGGAGCCAACUCUUUCUCCUGUGGCAAUGGCAAAUGUGUUCCCAACAGCUACCGAUGCGAUGGUGUUGACGAUUGCCAUGACAACAGUGAUGAAGUCAACUGUGGAGUGAACAACACCACCUGCUCCUCCUCUGCAUUCACUUGCGGCAAUCAGCGCUGUGUGCCUGCAGGAUGGCGCUGCGAUGGGCACAAUGACUGCUUUGAUGGCAGUGAUGAGCGGAACUGCCCUACCCGGAUGCCUGGCACGUGUCCUGCCAGCCAGUUUACCUGUGCCAACCACCGCUGCAUUCCACAUACCUGGCGGUGCGACACUGAUAAUGACUGUGGGGACAGUUCAGAUGAAGCUGACUGCCAUCUGGCAAGCACUUGUCAUCCAGGCCAAUUUCAGUGCCCAGACCACCGCUGCAUAGACCCCAACUAUGUUUGUGACGGCGACAGGGACUGUGUGGAUGGGGCCGACGAGCAGGGAUGCAUCUACAACUGCACUGUGAAUGAAUUCAAGUGCUCCAAUGGUCAUCAGUGUAUCAACUCCUUCUACCGAUGCGAUGGGAUCUUUGACUGCAACGAUCGCUCAGACGAACGAGGCUGCCCUACCAGGCCCCCAGGGAUGUGCCACCAUGAGAGUGAAUUCCAGUGCCAGUCAGAUGGCAGCUGUGUCCCAUCUACCUGGGAGUGCGAUGGCCACCCAGACUGUGAGGACGGCUCCGAUGAACACCAUGCCUGCCCGCCUCGCACCUGCCCCUCCUCGCUCUUCCGCUGUGACAAUGGGAACUGUGUGUUUCGCGGUUGGCUCUGUGAUGGUGACAAUGACUGCCGGGACAUGAGCGAUGAGCGAGACUGUCCCACACCGCCUUUUCGCUGUCCAAGUUGGCAGUGGCAAUGCCCAGGCCACAGCAUGUGUGUCAACCUCACUAGAGUGUGUGACAACACUCCUGAUUGCCCCAGUGGUGCUGACGAGUCCCCGCUCUGCAAUGAGCCUUUGCCAGACCAGGAAAGCUGUUCAGACAACAAUGCUGGCUGCACCCACGGUUGUAUCCAAGGGCCAUUUGGGGCCCAGUGCACAUGUCCCAUGGGCUAUCAGCUGAGCAAUGACUCCAAGACCUGUGAGGAUAUAGAUGAGUGUAAUCCUCCUGGGCUGUGUAGCCAAAACUGCUUUAAUGAGAGAGGCUCUUUCCGCUGCCACUGCCAAGAUGGUUACACUCUCGAAGCGGACCAGCGCACCUGCAAAGCCUCAGAUUCUCGUGAGGCUUUCUUGUUAGUGGCUAGUCGAAAUCAGAUCGUGCAAGAUGACAUAACCACUCAGCCCAACGUGAUCCGCUCGCUGGUCCGGGACGGACGUAACAUUGUGGCCAUAGACUUUGACUCAGUCACUGACCGUGUGUAUUGGUCCGAUACCAGCCAGGACAGAAUCUGGAGUGCUCAUAAAAAUGGCAGUGACAGAACUGUGAUAUUUGAUAGUGGAGUGACUGUGACAGAAAGCCUUGCUGUGGACUGGGUGGGCAGGAACCUGUAUUGGGCUGACUACGUCCUGGAGACCAUUGAGGUGUCUAAACUGGACGGCACCCACCGGACUGUAUUGGUCAGUGAAAAUGUCACCAACCCUCGAGGCUUGGUGCUGGACCCAAGGGAAAGUGCUCACCUGAUGUUCUGGACUGACUGGGGGAGGAACCCUCGCAUUGAGAGGGCCAGUAUGGAUGGGAAGUUGAGGACCACCAUUAUAAGCAACAAGCUCUACUGGCCCAAUGGUCUUACCAUAGACUAUCCCAACAAUCUGCUGUACUUUGCUGACGCCUACCUGGACUUCAUUGACUACUGUGAUUAUAAUGGCAAUAACAGGAAGCAAGUUUUGGCCAGUGACCUGGUACUGCAACAUCCCCACGCAAUUACCAUUUUUGAGGAUUUUGUGUAUUGGACCGACAGAUACAUCAAUCGUGUGAUUCGAGCCCAUAAGUGGCAUGGGGAGAACCAGACAGUGAUGUUGUACAACCUCCCUCAGCCCAUGGGCCUGGUGGCAGUACACCCAGCCAGGCAACCAGCAGGUGAAAAUCACUGCUUGAGGAGCCCCUGUUCCCAUAUCUGCUUGCUUUCGGCUGUGGGACCAAGGUUCUACUCAUGUGCCUGCCCCUCAGGCUGGACACUGGCUGCAGACCAAAUCACCUGCUCUAGAGUCGAGGAUCCUUUCCUGGUGGUUGUGAGGGACAGUAUAAUCUAUGGUAUUUCCUUGAACCCGGAUGACAAGAGUAAUGAUGCUAUGGUCCCUGUUGCUGGACUGCAGAAUGGCUAUGAUGUUGACUUUGACGACAGAGAGCAGGCCAUCUAUUGGGUGGAGCACCCGGGUGAGAUCCACAGGGUGAAGUCAGAUGGUACCAACAGGACAGAGUUUGCCCCAGCAGCCAUUCUAGGCUCCCCCGUAGGCCUGGCCCUGGACUGGAUAACAGAGAACCUGUACUACACCAACCCAGCUUCCCAGUCUAUUGAGGUUCUGAAGCUGAGAGGGGAGGUGCAGUACCGGAGAACUCUAAUCACGAAUAACGGCUCCCCAACUGGCGCUGGCACUCCUGUUGGCAUCGCAGUGGACCCAGCACGUGGGAAACUGUACUGGACAGACCAGGGCACUGAGAGUGGCAUCCCAGCCAAGGUGGCAUCUGCAGAUAUGGAUGGUUCAAACCCUGUCAACCUGUUCACCAACAACCUGGACCAUGUUGAGUUUCUCACUGUGGACAUCCAAGAGAACAAACUGUACUGGGCUGUUACAGGCACCGGCAUGAUUGAGCGUGGGGAUCCUGAUGGGAGUAACCGUAUCACCAUAGUAACAGGCCUGUCUCACCCGUGGGGUGUGGCGGUCCAUGAAAGUUACCUCUAUUUCACGGACCGUGAUUUUGAGGUCAUAGAGCGUGUGGACAAAGCUACAGGUGCCAACAAGGUUGUGCUGCGAGACAACGUGUCAGGGCUCAGGGUCCUCAAAGUGCAUUAUCGAGAGACUUCUGCAGGCACAUCCAAUGGCUGCAGUAAUAAUGAGGGGGUGUGUGAGCAGCUCUGCCUGCCUCGGCCUGGGGGUCUGUUUACCUGUGCGUGUGCCACAGGCUUCAAACUUAAUGCUGACAACAGGACCUGUGCUCCCUACCAAUCCUAUGUGAUCAUCUCCACUCUGUCUGCUAUCAAAGGCUUCAGUCUGGAAGGGUCAGACCACUCUGAGGCCAUGGUGCCUGUGGCUGGGAGAGGCCGUAAUGCUCUACAUAUUGAUGUACACAUGGCUUCUGGUUUCAUCUACUGGUGUGACUUCAGCAGUACUGUGGCGUCACAAAACGGGGUCAGACGAAUCAAGCCAGAUGGCUCUGGAUUACGUAGCGUUGUUACAUCAGGGAUAGGACGCAAUGGGAUACGAGGCAUUGCUGUGGACUGGGCUGCAGGGAACCUUUAUUUCACCAAUGCCUUCCUGACUGAGACAUAUGUGGAGGUACUCCGCCUGAACACUACCUUCCGCAGGGUACUGUUGAAGACCCAAGUGGACAUGCCACGCCACAUUGUGGUGGACCCCAGGAACAGAUACUUGUUUUGGGCUGACUAUGGUCAGAACCCCAAGAUUGAGCGAGCACUCUUGGAUGGAACAAACCGCACAGUUCUAGUAUCAUCAGGGAUUAUUACUCCUCGAGGUCUGGCACUGGACCAGCAAACUGGGUAUGUCUACUGGGUUGAUGAUUCCCUGGAUAUGAUUGCCCGGGUCAACCCACAAGGUGGGGAGACAGAGAUUGUCCGGUAUGGCAGCCGCUACCCCACUCCCUAUGGGAUCACAGUGUUUGAGGGUAGCAUCAUUUGGGUGGACAGGAACCUAAAGAAGGUGUUCCAAGCUAGCAAAGAGCCAGGCAACACAGAACAACCUACUGUUAUUAGAGACAACAUCAACAUGCUUAGGGACGUCACCAUCUUUGACCAUCGUACCCAGCCCACGUCAGACCGGCAGCUUAACAACCCCUGUGUUGAGGCAAAUGGAGGUUGUGCCCACUUCUGCUUUGCCCUCCCGGGUACUGGUACCAGCACCCAGACUAGGAAAUGCAGCUGUGCUUUUGGGAAUCUUGCCGCAGAUAAUGAGAGCUGUGUGGUGUCACGGGAUGAUUACCUCAUCUAUACUACUGAGAGCACAGUGCGUAGCUUGCGCCUUGAUCCAGAGGACCAUGGCCUACCCUUUCCUGUGGUCAAUGUGCCGCGUACUUCAGUGGCAUUGGAUUUUGACCUCACAGACAGGAGGAUCUACUUCACACAGAGCUCAGGGGCAGGAGCAAGCAAGAUCAGCUACAUCAGCCUAUCCUCUCCCACCUCGCCUCCUGUAGUUGUGGCUUCCGAUCUAGGGGCUCCUGAUGGAAUAGCUUAUGACUGGAUCAAUCAAAGGAUUUACUACAGUGACUAUGUCAACCAGAGCAUCAGCUCCAUGUCUGUGGAUGGCUCUCAGAGGACUAUUAUUGCAUAUGUGGCCAGGCCAAGGGCCAUUAUGUUGGAUCCUUGCAGAGGGUAUAUGUAUUGGACAGACUGGGGAACCAAUGCAAAGAUUGAACGUGCUACUUUAGGUGGAAACUUUAGAACAGAGAUUGUGAACAGCAGUCUUGUGUGGCCCAAUGGGCUGACCCUGGAUUAUGAAGAACAGAGGCUGUACUGGGCAGAUGCCAGCUUACAGAAGAUUGAACGCUGCUCUCUCAGUGGUGCCAAUCGGGAGGUCAUUGUCAGCACAGCCAUCUACCCCUUUGCCAUGACCAUGUAUGGCCAGUUUAUCUACUGGACUGACUGGAACACACGCAGCAUCUAUAGGGCCAACAAACAUGAUGGCUCUGACCAGAGGGUUAUGAUCCAGAAUCUUCCAUCUCGGCCAAUGGAUAUCCAUGUUCUGGCCAGCAGGAAGCAGCAGCAGUGUGACAGUCCCUGCCAGCAGUUUAAUGGAGGUUGCAGCCACAUUUGUACCCCAGGUCCCAAUGGUGCUGAGUGUCAGUGUCCGUCAGAAGGUCGGUGGUACCUGGCGGACAACAAGCACUGUAUCCCUGACAAUGGGACUCGGUGCCAGGCAGGCCAGUUCACCUGUAUGAAUGGCCGCUGUAUUCGUGCUCAGUGGAAAUGCGAUAAUGACAACGACUGUGGAGACGGCAGUGAUGAGCUGGAGAGAGUCUGUGGACCCAAGCCUGAUUUCAGCUACUUUGCCCCUCAAGUGCUGUCAUCAUUUAUUGCCUUAUCAGCCUUCCACACCUGUGAGCCUACAGUGUUUACCUGUGGGAAUGGGCGAUGCGUGCCCUACCACUACCGCUGUGACCACUAUGAUGACUGUGGGGACAACAGUGAUGAGGUGGGCUGUCUGUUCAGGCCCUGUGACCCAAACACUGAGUUCACCUGCAACAAUGGACGCUGCGUUGCCAAGGAUUAUGUUUGCAAUGGCAUCAACAACUGCUACGACAACGGCACCUCAGAUGAGCAAAACUGCCCGGAGAGAACCUGCCAGCCAGAACACACAAAGUGCCAGUCUACCAACAUCUGCAUCCCACGUUCCUACCUGUGUGACGGAGACAAUGACUGUGGGGAUAUGAGUGAUGAGAGCCCUACACACUGUGCCACAUCCACAUGUUCCCAGAGUGAGUUCCGCUGCUCUAGCGGCCGCUGCAUCCCCGCCCACUGGUACUGUGAUGGAGGGGCUGACUGCGCCGACGGCUCUGACGAGCCCUCCUCCUGCACUACGUUAGUCAGAACCUGCAACACAGACCAGUUCCGCUGUGAUGAUGGCAGGUGCAUUGCCUCAUCCUGGAUCUGUGAUGGGGACAACGACUGUGGCGACAUGAGUGAUGAAGACCAGAGGCACAACUGUGCCAAUCGCACAUGUUCAGCUGCAGAGUUCACCUGUGUGAACAACCAGCCUCCUCUGCGGAAAUGCAUCCCUCGUGAUUGGGUGUGUGAUGGAGAUGCAGACUGUGCAGACGCGUUAGACGAGCAUCAAAACUGCACACGUAGAUCCUGUGGUGUCAAUGAGUUCACCUGCAGCAAUGGCCUCUGCAUACGUAGCUCUUACAGGUGUGAUCGACGUAAUGACUGUGGGGACAGCAGUGAUGAGCAGAGUUGUACCUAUCAGCCAUGCCCGCAGCAUCAGUUCACCUGCCAGAAUGGACGCUGCGUGUCCCACGACUUUGUCUGUGACGGGGACAAUGACUGUGGCGACGAGUCUGAUGAGCUGGAUGACCUGUGCCACACGCCGUCACCCACCUGCCCCCCUGGACAGUUCAUAUGUGAUAAUGGACACUGUAUCCCCCUGAGCAAGGUGUGCGACAGGGACGACGACUGCUCUGACAACAGUGACGAGAAGGGAUGUGGUAUCAAUGAAUGCACAGACCCCUCUAUCCACCACUGUGAUCACAACUGCACCGACACACUCACCAGUUUCAUAUGUACCUGUCGUCCUGGCUACCGCCUCAUGUCCGACAACAAAUCCUGCGACGAUGUUAACGAGUGUGCCGAGACGCCUAGCGUGUGCAGCCAGGUGUGUGAGAACACUGUCGGCUCCUAUGUGUGCAAGUGCGCCCCAGGAUUCCUCCGAGAGCCAGAUGGACGCAGCUGCCGCCAAAACAGCAACAUCACACCCUACCUCAUCUUCAGCAACCGCUAUUACCUGAGGAACCUGUCGACUGACGGGGAGGCCUAUUCUCUGAUCCUGCAGGGCCUGACCAGCGUGGUGGCUAUGGACUUUGAUCGCGUGGACAAGCGUUUUUACUGGAUCGACGUGAGCCGUAGAGUGAUAGAAAGGAUGUCCUUCAAUGGCAGCAACAGAGAGGUUGUGGUCAAUGGAGUGCUGCAUGGCGAGGGCCUUGCUGUGGACUGGAUAGCCAGGAAGAUCUACUGGGUGGACAGCUUCUUGGAUUGUAUCAAAGUGUGUGAACUGGAUGGGCGUUUUGUGAAGAAACUGGCUGAGCACUGUGUUGAUGCCAAUAAUACCUACUGCUUUGAAAACCCCAGAGCCAUUGUCUUGCAUCCCAAAUAUGGAUAUGUGUACUGGACGGACUGGGGAGACAAAGCCUUUAUAGGCCGUGUCGGGAUGGAUGGAACCAACAAGGCGGCCAUUAUCACCACCAAGAUAGAGUGGCCCAAUGGGAUCACCAUUGACUAUACUAAUGACAAGCUCUACUGGUCGGAUGCACAUCUCAAUUACAUUGAGUUCUCAGAUUUGGACGGUCGCCACAGACACACGGUGUAUGACGGAAAUCUGCCUCACCCCUUUGCCCUGACAGUAUUUGAGGAGACUGUGUACUGGACUGACUGGAACACACGCACCGUGGAGAAAGGCAACAAAUACAACGGCUCUGGUCGCCAGGCCCUGGUUAACACCACACACAGGCCGUUUGACAUCCAUGUCUGCCAUCCUUACAGACAGCCAAUCGUGACCAAUCCCUGUGCUGUGAACAAUGGAGGCUGCUCUCACCUGUGCUUGAUCCGUAACGGGGGGCGGGACCACACCUGUGAAUGCCCUGACCAUUUCAUGACUGUCCAACUAGGAGGUGCGACCAGAUGUCUUCCCAUGUGCACCAGCACCCAGUACAGAUGUGCCAACAAUGAACGCUGCAUUCCCAUCUGGUGGAAGUGUGAUGGUCAGAGGGACUGCAGAGACGGCUCUGAUGAGCCCUCCACCUGCCCCAGUCGCCACUGCAGGCUCGGCCAGUUUCAGUGCAAUGACGGAAACUGCACCAGCCCUCACUUCCUGUGUAACAGUAACCAGGACUGCCAUGAUGGUUCCGAUGAAGAUCCUGUCCUGUGUGCUACACACCAGUGUGAAAGCCACCAGUGGCAGUGUGCCAACAAGCGGUGUAUCCCUGAGUCGUGGCAGUGUGACGGCGAGGAUGACUGUGGCGAUAAUUCUGAUGAAGAUGCUGCCCACUGCUCCAGCAGGACGUGUCGCCCCGGACAGUUCAAGUGCCGCAACGGACGGUGCAUCCCCCAGAGCUGGAAAUGUGAUGUGGACGAUGACUGUGGGGACAACUCUGACGAACCGCUAGAGGAGUGCAUGGGGUCAGCAUAUCGAUGUGACAACCACACUGAAUUUGACUGCAGGACCAACUACCGCUGUGUACCACUGUGGUCUGUAUGCAAUGGACACAAUGACUGCAGAGACAGCAGCGACGAGCAGAACUGUGAUGAGCUCACCUGUGAUCCUCAUGGAGACUUCCGCUGUGACAACCACCAGUGCAUCCCACUGAGAUGGAAGUGUGACGGGGACAACGACUGCGGGGACAACUCUGAUGAACGCAGUUGCAUUCCCCGCGCGUGCACAGAGAGUGAGUUUCGCUGUGAUAAUCUGCACUGCAUUCCCGACCGUUGGGUCUGUGACCAUGACAACGACUGUGAGGACAACUCGGAUGAAAGGGACUGUGAGUUGCGGACCUGUCACCCAGGCUACUUCCAGUGCGGCAGUGGGCACUGUAUUGCUGACCGCUUCAAAUGCGAUGGCAAUGCUGACUGUCUGGACUACACAGAUGAGAUGUCAUGUCCACCCCGCUUUCCCAAUGGCACAUACUGCCCUCCGUUUCUGUUUGAGUGUAAGAACCACGUGUGUGUCCAGCCUCACUGGAAAUGUGAUGGAGACAAUGACUGCGGAGACAAUUCAGACGAGGAGCUUCACCUCUGUCUGGAGAUCCAGUGUGAGUCUCCGUUCCGUUUCCGCUGUGAUAACAACCGCUGCAUCUACAGCCAUGAACUGUGCAACUCCGUUGACGACUGUGGUGACGGCACUGAUGAGAGACAGGAAAACUGCCAGAGUCCCACUCAUGGACCCUGUACAGAUGAUGAGUACAAAUGUGGUAACGGCCAGUGCAUCCCUCUGCAGUAUGCAUGUGAUGACUAUGAUGACUGCGGAGACCACUCGGAUGAGUUAGGCUGCAACCAUGGCAGUGGGCGCUCUUGCAGUGAGAACAUCUGUGAACACAACUGUACUGACCUGACCGAUGGAGGUUUCCUCUGCUCCUGCAGGCCUGGUUAUAAACCCAAAACCACAGACAGGAACACCUGUGAAGAUGUGAAUGAGUGUGAAGUCUAUGGGACGUGUCCCCAGGAGUGCAGGAACACCAAAGGCAGCUACGAGUGUUUCUGCGCUCAGGGCUUUCUCUCAGUUGGUGAACCACAUGGGACAGAGUGUGCUGCCCAGGGAAACCCACCAGUACUUCUCCUGCCGGAUAAUGUUCGCAUUCGUCGUUUCAAUAUGUCCUCUGAACAAUAUUCAGAUUACGUGGACAACGCUGAGCACAUCCAGGCGUUGGACUACCUGUGGGAUCCAGAGGGAAUAGGACUCAGUAUUGUGUACUGGACAGUUCUGGGUCGGGGGUCUCAGUUUGGCUCCAUCAAACGGGCCUACAUGACUACAUUCAAUGAUCGUGGCAACAACCCAGUGAAAGAGGUGGAUCUGAACCUGAGAUACAUCUCUAACCCUGACGGCAUCGCUGUGGACUGGAUUGGAGGGCACAUUUAUUGGACGGAUGCAGGAACCAACCGGAUUGAAGUGGCAAAACUGGAUGGACGUUACAGGAAGUGGUUGAUCCACACUGAUCUUGACCAGCCUGCUGCGAUUGUCGUCAAUCCAGCACUUGGAACCAUGUACUGGACAGACUGGGGUAGGAAACCCAGAAUUGAAUCGGCUUGGAUGGACGGACAACACAGACAAGUUCUGCUGGAUGAAGACCUGGGCUGGCCCACUGGCCUUGCUCUUGACUAUUUGAACGGAAACAGGAUGUACUGGUGUGACUCCAAAGAGAACAUCAUUGAGUCCAUGAGGCCAGACGGCACAGACAGGAAGGUCAUCAUAUCAGGAGAUAUUGGAAAUCCCUAUAGUAUAGACCUCUUUGAGGGCCAUGUCUACUGGACAACAAAGAAUAGAGGUGAAGUGUGGAAAACUAAUAAGUUUGGGAAUGGGCAUAAAGUCAAGGUACUUACCAUCAACCCCUGGCUGACUCAAGUACGCAUUUACCAGGAGCACCGACAUAAUCAGUCAGUGCCCAACCCUUGUAAGGAUGUGUGCAGUCACCUGUGUCUCCUCCGGCCUGGUGGAUAUACCUGCAGCUGUCCACAAGGCUCGUCUCUAGUGGGCUUCAGCUCCAGUGAAUGUGAUGCAGCCAUUGAGACACCAGUUGCAAUGCCUCUUGCAUGCAGAUGCAUGAAUGGUGGGACCUGCUACACUGAUGAGGGGGGUCUGCCAAAGUGCAAGUGCCCAUAUAGCUAUGGAGGCAGUUACUGUGAGAUGGGAAAGUCAAGGGGUGCUCCAGCAGGAACAGCUGUGGCUGUCCUACUGGCAGUUGUCAUCAUCUUGAUCACUGGGGCUUUGGCUGCCGGGGUUUUCCUCAACUACAAACGAACAGGCUCCUUCAUCCCAUCCAUGCCCAAGUUACCCAGCCUGAGCAGCCUGGUGAAGUCAAGUGACACUGGGAAUGGUGUGACGUUCCGGUCGGGUGAUAAUGUGGAUCUUGGACCUUCACACAUCGGUGUGUCAUUCAUUGAUACAGCCAUGCAGAUGGAUGACAACUUUGCCAUGGAAGCUGGGAGACAGCCAAUCACAUUUGAGAACCCUCUGUAUGCCACUGCUGCUGGAGUGUCUAGUGACCCUGCUGUCAUUCAUGCCACACAGGUGACUGUUAAUGUGAGUGGUGAACAGAUAGGAAACAACUUUGUGAACCCCACAUACCGGGCAGAGCAGAGUUCAGGCAUUGUGCAUACGUCUACUGCCAUUACCAAACCUGUUCAGGAGUCCAAGUGGAGCUUAUUUAAAAGAAAAUUGAAGCCAAGUACCACGUUUGAAAACCCUUCCUAUUCAGAGAUGAAGGAUGACAAAGCUACAGGAAGCAGCGGGGACAGUUCCAACACUGAGCCCUCUCCAUUCGUUCCCCCUGCCAAACCCCAGAAGAGGGAUCGUCCCAGCACCUUCUCGCCAACCGAGGACACUUUCCAAGACACAGCCAACCUUGUUAAAGAGGACAGCGAUGUAUAACCCCACUCUCACAGACGGGAAUCAAAAAAAGAAACACACUUUGCACAGAAUUUAUUUUUUUAUGCAGCCUGUGUACAAAAUUAAACUUGUUUUAGAAAACAGAGAUACGUUUCUAUAGCAUACAGGAAAAAAAAGUCUUCCAUGACUAUGCCUUCUGAUAUUUCUUAUGCCAAUUCUUGUGUUAAUGAUUUGUUUUUGUUUUUUAUUUUGAUGUACAAUAUGUAUAUCUUUGCACUGAAGCUGCUGAUAGAAAUGUUAAUAUGUUGUAUAUUUGUAAAUCUGAACAGUAAGAUUUUGUCAAUAAUAUCUUCGGGCUGUUUGAAAUAGAUGACCUUAUGAAUAGAGCUACAUAAAAAUAACGUAUGAAAGGUGAGCUGCAUUGUGAAUGUACAAUAGUUGUAUCAUGACAGGUUAUUAGAGAUGUGUUGGAUAAUUAUAUAUAUUUUUGCCACUGAACAAAACUGAAGAUGUUUUAUCUUUCAUGUUAUAUACCUCAUUUCAGGGCUGAAAAAUAAACAAAAAGCAAUACAAAACAAAUUGGCAAUUUUUUAACUUAUAGUAUUAAUUUUACAGAUAUACAGUAUGUGCUCCCAUA